CGCGCCUCAUACUCGGCAGCUCAGCAGCAGCAGCACAGCUCAGCUUUUGUUCCGUUCUGGGUCGAGCUAUCGCACGAGACCAGCGAGAAUUUAUAGUAGCGCAUCGCGUACGUACUACCUACCCAGGCGAAUAGUGCGUUUUCGGCGGUUUCAUCGUUUUGCGUCCAAUUCCAUUUGCUGCGGGCGCAUCUUCCCGUCUGAUUUCAUCAUCGUGCCCCUGGCCGCAAUCAUGACCAGAUCGAUCAUCUCCGCUUUGCUGCUGCUCGUCGCUGUCUCAUCAGUGCACUCGCUGAGGUGCUACAGCUGCGAUUCCAGCAAGGGGUUCGCAUGUGACUACAGUAUCCUGUCUUUCACAUUCCCAUCGGUGGAAUGCGAGAACAGUGGCGGCGGCAUCUUGGACGCCAUCGCUUCUAUUUUUCCUAUGACGUGCGCGAAGAUUGCUGGCACAGAUAGCGACGGCAAGACCUAUACGGCCCGAGGCUGUGUGCCGAAGGGCACCAACCUUGCCUGUCACGUAAUUGCCACCACGAUGAAGUUCGCCGACUCCAAGCAGUUAUCCAACCAGGUGUGCGAAACCUGCGACAGCGACAAUUGUAACUCUGCAGGCCGCGUCGGCGGUAUGACCGCCGCCGCACUGUUGGCCGCCUGCUUCCUCUUCCUCUUCUAACCGACUUCGUCGCGGGACUGUCGGGUUUUUUGUUCUUUUUGUUUCUUUUUGUUGUCUACCAUUCGCCGUUUUCAUUCGACGUCGGCUCCACGCCGCCCUGGAGCAGCAGCCGCGUUACGCAACCAGUACGCUUUCAAUUAAGCAAUUUCACUAAGCAAAUAAAACGAUUAAAAAAAAACUACAAAAAAAAUAAUAAUAACAAUAAGAGUGGCGUUGCACUGGUGCUGUCGAUUGGCGUCGCGUCGACUUAAACAGCGCAUCGCUCGAUCAGAUUACAAUCAUACGCUGGAUUCUACUCAAUUGUAUUCUAUUUAUCAGUUUGUGAUCCGAACAAACAAAAUCGUUGGCCUUAAUUGCUUCAAAUCACCUACAUACUCUUAUCGCUGAGAUGAUGUUGCGUUAUAAUGUUACAAAUAUUUUUCUAUUCUAUUACGAAUUACAAAUGUUUAUCAUACGAUUAUGUGUAAAAGGCGAGUGAAAAUGACCAAUAAUUCAUAAAUUGAAACACGCAAUUACGAUUAGAAUACGAUUGAAACAAGCCGACGAACUAUUUGCGAAGAAAACCAAAUUAAAUCCAGGGGAAGUAAAGAAACUCGACGGGAAACUAUGUACGCUUUGUUUAUCUCUUUUAUUGUUGGUUCGACUAUUAUUUUCUAAUAAAGUUUAAUGUUUUAGUUGAUUUGCGAACUGUGUUGUUAACGCGCCGAGUAUAGUCGCAUUUAUUUAUUAUUUCGUGACGACUACGAAAAUUUCAACGGAAAGUUGCGAAAUACGAGCGUGGGCAAUCUAAAAUGUGCUUGAUAACUCUGACGUUGUUUUAAUAUCGUGAAUAAUGAUGCAUUUAUGCCGGAAGCAUCUGAUGAACAGUAUUAACUAAUUCGAAAUGACUGCUGCGUUGCCAAAAAAGGAAACAACUUAACUUACGCUUAUUACAACAAAUGUUGAUUCCAACCUACCAGUUGUGGGUGUUGCAAUGAAUGCGUUGUAAAUUUAAAACACCAGUUUUGCGAUUUUCAUAACAAUAUCACCGAACCGAAUGCGUUGGCAACCGCAAUUGAAUGUACUUUUUGGGUGUAACUUUCACCAUGAUUACACCAAUUAAUCGCAGAAAAAAAAACACAAAAAAUCUCUCCAAACAAAUAUAGAAAGCCACGAAAUUGAUAGUAUGUACUUAACGUUGAUGGUAAUGGAACAUAAGCAAUUCUUUUUGACUAUUUGUUCCUAAACUAUGUAAGUUAGAUAUUUACAAUUGCAUUUGAGGCGUUGAUUGAGCGAUAGAGAAAUAAUCGGCAUAACUUUUAGAAAUAUUGCGAUAUUACGUAUUAAAACAUUAUUAAGAUCAGUAGGAGAGAUCUACACUACUGUAAUUCAUUACAUUAACUGUUCCAGUACGAUAUAUGUACAAAUAAACAUCAACACACAUGUCACACGUCAUAAAUCGCAUCAACCAUGAGCCAUAGGUCUUGUAUCUUGUAACAUUGCACCCAUUUAUCACGGUAUUAUGUUUUAGUGAGAGUUUUGUGAUUUGAUUUUAGUUAGUUUUUAGUUUGUCCCUUCAAAGUGGACACUAAUCAAUUGGUCGUAGUCUAACGCGCACGAUGAAAUAAAUACUUACGAAGAAUGAAAAGAAACGUAACAAUAAUUUGCAUAUUAUUAUUAAGACGAAUUCUGACUACACAUUUAUAGAUUAAUUUACAUUUGUCUGCUCAAAUUUGUCAGCAAAGAUUCCAAGUUACCAAUAUUUUGAUACAAUAGACUGAUUUAUUAAUGAAUGUAAUUUAUUUCAAGGCUCCAUUAUACACAUUUCGAUGAUACAAAUGCAAUCUUCCCAAAUUCUGCUUAUUUUUCUAUUGUAUACUCUAUAUUUAUAAAAAGGAAAUUACAAACAAAUCAAACGGACAAGAGAACAUCAUAACUUUGUAAAAUAAUUAAUAUAACACGAUAUUUAUGCAAAAUAUGCACGUUUUCAUGAUCCUCGUGGAGUUUUCGCAAUGGAAACGCAUCCGAUCCGUUCUGCUUGUGAAAAAUCCACGCGGUGACUAGGCAUAGAAGGCGAACACUUUAGUCGUACGGCACGUAUCAACACGAAAACGAGGACGAGGACAAAGCGAACACAUUGAAUUUACUCGUCAUCUAAGCAGCAAAUAAUUAAAUUGAUCAUUGCGUUCAACCAUGCGUAUAUUGCGUACCUUGAUUAAGAGAGCGUUGAAUUUUAACAUUAUUCUACGAACAAAUGUUGUAAGUACGUUUUAAAUUUUAACGAUAACGAAAGUAAACUACUUGUAAUGUGUAACAAUGUUUAAGGUGAAUUUAAAACAAAGUUGAAACCGAAACAAAUCGUAGAGCUUAGUGGAACUAUUCAUGAGAAUAAAAUUAAAGUAUUUAUUAACGUAAGGAUUAAAACGAAGUAUAAAUCGAUGGGAAUUUGAUGGAACUCUUUGCAGUUGAAUGUUUUUCUUUUGGUUUCGAUUUGGAAAAUCUGUUUACGUUCGAGAAUUCGCUUUGGUUGAACAAGAAUCAAAACUGUAAACGAUGUUGUUUAUCGUAUAUCACUUGCGAACUGUGUUAUGAUUGUUUGAGCUCGUUGUUCACAGGCGCCUAUUCAUAUUUGGUAAAUGCUUUUUACAGCUUUAACUCGGAUACUUUCACUACAAUUGUGAAUAAUUUUCAGUGAUUAUUAUAAAAUAUAAAUAUAUGGAAAAUA